UGGUUAUUUUGCAUCCUAUAUCACUUGGUUUGCGAUAUUUGCUCAAUAUAUUUAUACAAUAUUAAGGAAUCCGAAGGUUGGAGUCGGAUCAAUGGUUGAGGAAGCUGGUUAUCCGGAUUCACCAGAAGAACACCAACACAUGGCUGCAAGAGGAUUAUUCAGAUACAACAAGGUAUUAAAAUUUGUGUGUCCUGCAACAAACUGGGUGUGUCAAGUGUAUUUCCUGCUUGCUGCUAGAGCCUGCGUACAGUUUCUCCCUUUUUCGUCAAUGGCGUCUUCACAGGACAGUCAUGGUGAUGUUGAAGCCAUCUCCCAUGGAGGGAGUAUGAAACGAGCGACAGAACCUGAGUCGACUGAAGCACAAGUGAAACGCAUUCAUUUGGAUGGCACAUCCGAGGCUGAUGGUGGGGAAACAGCCAGAAGAAAACGAAGAAAAUAUGCUUUGCUACUUUCUUACUCUGGCAAAGGCUAUUUGGGCAUGCAAAGAAACCCAGGUUAUCGCACGAUUGAAGAUGAUUUAUUAACGGCCAUGUUGCGUGCCGACCUAAUUACAGACGAGGGCUGUACAUGUCCACAGAUAUUCCACUUCCAGCGAGCAGCUCGCACAGAUAAAGGCGUUUCUGCAGCACGACAAGUGAUAUCACUCAAGCUUCCUGAGGAUGUACCAGAUAUGGUGAGUGCCAUCAACAAGCACCUGUGCUCCCAGAUACGUGUGAUGGCUGUUCGUCGCACGACUAAGAGCUUCAACUGCAAGUCAUGGUGUGAUUCCCGCACUUAUUCUUACAUGUGUCCUUCCUUUGCCUUUGCUCCCCGGACGGAAAUAAUGAACGAGGACUACCGUAUUACUCCAGAGGUCUUGCAGCAACUUAGAACAACUUUGGAUUUAUAUAAAGGCACUCACAAUUUCCACAACUUCACGGCCCGAAAGAAAGCCCAGGAUGCUAGUGCUAACCGUUAUAUCAUGGACAUUGACUGUGGAGAGCCAUUUGAACGGGAUGGCUUGGAAUGGCUCAUCAUUAAAAUUAAAGGUCAAAGUUUCAUGUUGCACCAGAUUCGCAAAAUGAUUGGGUUGACAAUGGCCAUCAGUCAAGGGUUGUCUUCGGUGGAUAUCAUCACCAGAGCUUGGGGCAAGGACCGUGUGGAUGUACCUAUUGCUCCAGGGCUAGGCUUAGUUCUGGAGGAACCACACUACGACAAAUACAACAAGAGAUAUGGAACUGAUGGCAUCCAUGAGGUUUGUUAUAUUUUUACAUAA